AUGGAUUCCGAAACAUCACCAUGCGAUACAUUUGGGGAGAUCAAGUUCGUCCGACAAAACUCUUGGCCGGAGAACGAGAAACCCUACGUCUUAACUUACCUGCCAAAUGACAACUUUCCCUUGACCAAUUUCGAUUUCGAAGAUGUACGGAAUGUUCCAAUCAAAGAUAUGCGACCUAUCAAAGACGAAUUGUCGCUAGACUGUGAAGGAUUUGUGGUCGCUGAUUUUGCGAGUGCUCUAACUUACGAUGAGUUUUUCGAAGAAGAGAAGUUAAGAGCAGUCUUCGCGAAUGAGUUGCGCAAGUUUUGGAAAGAUCGUUAUGGCGUCAAAGCGAUCUACAUCCAUGAAUGCGUCAUCAGAAAACGAGAUUCAUCACCAGGCAAAGGAUAUGGACAGCCAGUCCAGGAAGCUCAUACUGGUAUGGUGGUCAAACAGCUAUGUCAUGAAAGCAUAUUCUCAAAGCGCACAGACUACACGAUUGACUACAUCCGACAACUCAUACCACAACUUGUAGGACACAACGCCGUUGAUAUCCUCGCGCGCCGGUUCCAGAUGGUCAAUCUAUGGAAGCCCUUACGUGGGCCUUUGCGUGAUUGGCCCCUCGCCGUUUGCGAUUACAGCUCAGUGUCCUCGGUCGAUAUGAUACGCGUGGAUGAAGUACACAAAGAAGACAUACUCGAGUCGCACGGCGUGCAAUAUAGUCCAUCACAGAAGUGGUACUACCUAAGCGACAUGAAGCCCAGUGAGAUGCUGAUCUUCAAGGCAGCAGAUUCGCACAUGGAAGGCGCAGUGCCGCAUUCCGCGUUCAAGGAUACGAGAUACGAGAGCGAGCUACCACGAGAGAGUAUUGAAUUGAGAGUGCUACUAGUGUGGUGA